AUGUCUUCUUCUCACACAGUUGGAAUCUUUCCCGCCUCUGGUGGCAUUGGGGGCGGUACUGUCAAGCAUGUUUUGGAACGUGUUCCUCCAGCAAGUCUUGUCCUUAUUGCCCGCCAGCCCGAUAAGCUUGAUUCUGCCAAAGCCCUCGGAGCCCAGGUCCGUCAAGCAGAUUACGACGAUGAUUCUGCACUGCAGAGCGUAUUCAAUGGCAUAAGUGUACUUUUUCUGAUCUCCUAUGCCUCUGUUGAGCAUGAAUACAGAUCUCAGAACCACAAGCGCCAUAAAGCUGCAAUAGAUGCUGCUAUUCAGAGUGGGGUCAAGUACAUCUUCUACGGAUCUCUAGGCUUCGCUGGGUCACCAGACAGCAAAGAAAGCGUGGCGCACGUCAUGCAAGCACAUCUCGAUACUGAGAAGUAUUUGGAGGAAUGUCGACAAAACCACGCUGAUUUUGCCUAUACCAUCGUGCGCGAGGGCCUGUAUUCCGAAUCAUACCCCCUGUACACUUCCUUCUUUGACCCUGCGCAGCCUCGAAAGGAGGUCAAGAUUCCCCACGAUGGAUCGGGGCCUGGUAUUGCGUGGGUUAAGAGGGAGGAACUCGGAGAAGGCACAGCCGAGCUCAUCUCGCGAUUUGUCAAGGACCCAGCAGAGUUCCAGUGGCAAAACAAGACUGUUCUUCUGUCCGGACAGAAUACGUUGACCUUGGCAGAAACGGUCAAGAUCCUUGGGGAGAUCGCAAAGGUGAAUGUUCAAAUCAAGCAGGUUUCUGACGAAGAAUUCGCGACGCAGCCCGAUGUUUCUCCUAACUUUACCUAUCACGGCGUUGAUCUUUCUAAGCCUUGGGCAACGGCUUUUGAGGCUUUCAGGCGAGGCGAAGGAGCGUAUGUCUCUCCACUGCUGAAGGAACUAUUGGGAAGGGAACCUGAAGACUUCAAGACUACGAUCCAGAGUUUUAUCUAA